CUCUGCCCGCAUACUAAGACAAAAGCGACACUACAGCAUGGCUCUUCCGAACAAGUACCAGAAUGGCAGCAUCGACUCCUCUACCAAGGGAGUGUACAGAGCAUCGCCCAUCAAGCUCAUGAUAUAUGGCAAUGGAACAAGCAACCAGCUUGUAGACGUCAUUAAAGAGCUCGGUGCGACAAAAGCCUUCAUCAUCACAGGCCGAUCGUUGUACGAGAAGACACCAGUGAUUAAAAACAUCGAGCAGACUCUGGGAGCAGCUCAUGGCGGCACCUUCAGCAAGAUUGGUCAGCAUGCGCCCAUCCAGGACAUCAAGGAAGCGACAUCCUUGAUGGCAAAGUCAGGUUGCGAUGUGCUUGUAUCCAUAGGAGGUGGAUCACCCAUCGAUUCGGCAAAAGCCAUUGCAUAUUACAUCCACCAAGAGACUGGUAAAUGGAUACCGAGCAUUGCCGUACCAACAACGCUCAGUGUGGCUGAGACUACACAAAAUGCUGGUUUCACUACCGAGGAAAAGCACAAGAUUGCAGUCAGCCACCCAGAGCUAGUACCCAAGGCCGUGGUUUAUGACGGAGACAUUGCCUUGCAUACACCUCUGAAUCUCUGGACUAGUACAGGGAUUCGCUCUUUGGAUCAUGCAGUAGAGCUCAUGUACCACCCGCUUGCAGCUGAAAUACCGACGAAGCGCAUGGCUCUGGAGGCCAUCAAGGAUCUUUUCACCUACUUGCCCAAGUCAAAGGCCAACCCCGACGAUGCUGAAGUUCGCACAAAGCUUUUCAUUGCAUGCUAUUCGUCACUUUUCCCUUUCCUCUACACUGGUGGCGUUGGACUCAGCCACAGCAUCGGCCAUGCAAUCGGUGCAACAUAUAGCAUUCCGCACGGCAUCACCAGUUGUCUCAGUCUAGCUCCCACAGUACACUACAAAGCUAGUAACCCAGAAGAAGCAAAUCAGAUUGCCAGGAUCAUCCCUUACAUUGGCAAACAAAGUACCGGUAGCGACGAAAAGGAUUCGCACGUCGUCGCUGAUGCCAUUGCUGGCCUAGUUGAAGAGCUAGGACACAAGACCACAUUGACAGCUUACAAUGUGCCAACGGGCGAAGCUGAAGAAGAAGCUAUCGCAUUGCGCGCACUGCACAGUAAAGAACACAAAGAUUUUGCUAGUUCGGAAACAUUUUCCAUGCAAGCGGUGGAAACCUUUUCCAUGCCCGAGCCCCAUGGCUUUUUCCGCUACGUCGUGUGGCCAAUCAACCCUUCCGCAAUGCAAAGAUCUCUGCUCUUUUCGGCGCGCCGCCGUGGCCCGGCGACGGGCAUGCGCUUCUUCUCCGCCAGCGCAUCCCGACCGGCAAUCAACAAGAUAGUCUCUUCCGCACAAGAAGCCAUCAAGGACAUGAAGUCUGACUCCACACUGCUGGUUGGUGGCUUUGGCUUUUCUGGCGUGCCGAACACCCUCAUUAACGCUUUGCGCGAUCGAUCCGACCUCACAAACUUCACAGUUGUCAGCAACAAUGCAGGUAUGCCUGGCGUUGGACUGGGACAGCUUUUGGAGACCAAGCAGAUUGGUACCAUGAUUGCGAGUUAUAUUGGAGACAACAAGGUGUUUGAGCAAAUGUACUUGAAGGGAGAAUUAAGUCUGCAGUUGACCCCUCAGGGCACUAUCGCAGAGAAAUGCGCUGCAGGUGCUGCUGGUGUACCAGCUUUCUACACACCGGCUGCAUAUGGAACAAUAGUACAAACUGGUGAACUGCCAGUCCGCUACAACACCGAUGGAACGAUCGCAAAAAUGGCACCACCAAAGGAAACACGUGAAUUCAACGGAAAGUCGUAUGUAAUGGAGGAGGCUAUUUUUGGAGACUAUGCAUUCGUCAAAGUUGCCAAAGCCGACCGUCUCGGUAACUGCCAGUUCCGCAAAGCACAAAACAACUUCAACGAAGCAAUGGGCAAGAAUGCAAAGAUGACUAUUGUGGAAGCAGAUGAGAUUGUUGAAGAUGGCGAGAUUGCACCUGAGGAUAUCCAUCUCCAGGGAAUCUAUGUCAAGAGGGUAAUUAAGAGCACAGUAGGUAAAGAGAUUGAGAGAAAGGUAUUCUGGAAGAGUCCUGAAGAGCAGAAGAAGGCACUUUUGGAAGGCGGAUCAUCCGAAGCAUCACAAAAGCGUGAGCGUAUCAUCAAGCGUGCGGCACAAGAGCUCAAGGAUGGCAUGUACGUUAACCUUGGUAUUGGCAUGCCGCUCGCAGCACCUGCUUUCCUACCUGAGGGCACUGAAAUUAUACUCGAAUCUGAGAACGGAAUCCUCGGUAUGGGAAGGUAUCCCAAACCAGGAGAGGAGGACCCAGACUUGAUCAACGCAGGCAAAGAAACAGUCACACUCAUCAAAGGCGCAUCAACAUUCGGAAGCCACGAGUCAUUCGGCAUGAUCCGCUCAGGACGGAUAGACGUCGCCAUGCUCGGCGCCAUGCAAGUAAACCAAUACGGAGACCUAGCAAACUUCAUGCUCCCCGGCAAAGUCAAAGGCAUCGGCGGCGCCAUGGACCUUGUCGCCAACCCCACGCAAACCAAAGUCGUCAUCACCAUGGAACACGUCGACAAGAAGGGCAACCCCAAGAUCCUCAAGCAAUGCACAUUCCCGCUCACAGGUCAAAAAUGCGUCAGCACGAUUAUUACGGACUUGGCGGUGUUUGAGUGCGAUCGCGUCGAGGGGCUGACGUUGAUUGAGCAUGCGAAAGGCGUGACGGUUGAUGAGAUUCGGAGUAAGACUGAGGCACCGUUCAAAGUUAGUGAGGCGUUGAAGGAGAUGGUGGUGUGAUGGUUUCAUGUUUUAUGGUGGAAAAAUCUUAGAGCUUGGGUUGUUUUGUUUGAUAGCGAUGAAUUCAUGCAUUAUCUUUUUUU